CGUGCGUACGUGCUCGCUCGCGGUGGCGGCGGCGGAUCGGAGAGGCCAGAGCCGGAGACCGAGCUGGGAUCGGGCCCCGGGCGGGGGCGGUGCGAGCGGCGCCAAGCGGAUCCUGGGGGCGGGGACGGAGCCGGGGCGGGCGGGACUGGAGCGGAGGCCGGGAACUAGGCGGGAGGUCCCAGGGUCUCGGGUUAGGGGGGUGGAGCCGCACUUCGUCGCCGCGGGGGUGCCGGGACUCCGGCCUCAGUGCCGCCGCCAUCACGGACUUCCUGUGGGACAAGCGCACGGGCCUCGCCGCCAGAACGAUGCCUCAUCCUCGAAGGUACCACUCUUCAGAGAGAGGCAGCCGGGGGAGUUACCACGAACACUAUCGGAGCCGAAAGCAUAAGAGACGAAGAAGCCGCUCCUGGUCAAGCAGCAGUGACCGGACACGGCGGCGCCGACGAGAAGACAGCUACCAUGUCCGUUCCCGGAGCAGCUAUGAUGAUCGUUCAUCCGACCGGAGGGCGUAUGACCGGCGAUACUGUGGCAGCUACAGGCGCAACGACUACAGCCGGGAUCGGGGAGAAGCCUACUAUGACACAGACUACCGGCAUUCCUACGAAUAUCAUCGGGAGAACAGCAGUUACCGCAGCCAGCGCAGCAGCCGUAGGAAGCACAGACGGCGGAGGCGGCGCAGCCGGACAUUCAGCCGCUCAUCUUCGCAGCACAGCAGCCGGAGAGCCAAGAGUGUAGAGGACGACGCUGAGGGCCACCUCAUCUACCACGUCGGGGACUGGCUACAAGAGCGAUAUGAAAUUGUAAGCACCUUGGGAGAGGGGACCUUCGGCCGAGUUGUACAAUGUGUUGACCAUCGCAGGGGCGGAGCUCGAGUUGCCCUGAAGAUCAUUAAAAAUGUGGAAAAGUACAAGGAAGCAGCUCGACUUGAAAUCAAUGUGCUGGAGAAAAUCAAUGAGAAGGACCCUGACAACAAGAACCUCUGUGUCCAGAUGUUUGACUGGUUUGACUACCAUGGCCACAUGUGUAUCUCCUUUGAGCUUCUGGGCCUUAGCACCUUCGAUUUCCUCAAAGACAACAACUACCUGCCCUACCCCAUCCACCAAGUGCGCCACAUGGCCUUCCAGCUGUGCCAGGCCGUCAAGUUCCUCCAUGAUAACAAGCUGACACAUACGGACCUCAAGCCUGAAAAUAUUCUGUUUGUGAAUUCAGACUACGAACUCACCUACAACCUAGAGAAGAAGCGAGAUGAGCGCAGUGUGAAGAGCACAGCUGUGCGGGUGGUAGACUUUGGCAGUGCCACCUUUGACCAUGAACACCAUAGUACCAUUGUCUCCACCCGCCAUUACCGAGCACCGGAGGUCAUUCUCGAGUUGGGCUGGUCUCAGCCUUGUGAUGUGUGGAGUAUAGGCUGCAUCAUCUUCGAAUACUAUGUUGGCUUCACCCUCUUCCAAACCCAUGACAACAGAGAACAUCUAGCCAUGAUGGAAAGGAUCUUGGGUCCUAUCCCUUCCCGGAUGAUCCGAAAGACAAGGAAGCAGAAAUAUUUUUAUCGGGGUCGCCUGGAUUGGGAUGAGAACACAUCAGCUGGGCGCUACGUUCGAGAAAACUGCAAACCACUUCGGCGGUAUCUGACCUCAGAGGCAGAGGAACACCACCAGCUCUUCGAUCUGAUUGAAAGCAUGCUAGAGUAUGAACCUGCUAAGCGGCUGACCUUGGGCGAAGCCCUUCAACACCCUUUCUUCGCCCGCCUUCGGGCUGAGCCACCUAACGCCAAGUUGUGGGACUCCAGUCGGGAUAUCAGUCGGUGACGAUCAGGCCCUGGGCCCCUCUGCCACUCUAACAGCAGUGGGUGUCCAGUCCAGGACACUGGUGCUUUUUUAUACAAGAGAACAGAGCCGGAGCCCACUUCUUCCUACUGGCUCCCUAUGUACCUGUGAAUAUGUGAAAUAGUGUAAAUAUGAAAGAACUUGGACCUAUCGCUUCACCCCCUGCCUUGUACAUAAUGCUAUUCCAUCUCACACUCUUCCCACCCUCACUUGCCCCUUCACAGAUGAGUUGGAUGGGGGCAGAAUGAGGUAACCAGAUGACAUCUAUCCCAUGUUUUAUAAGGAAUUUUGUACAGUCUUUGUGAAAUAAAAUGACGUGCUUCAUCUGA